CCCUUAUUCCCUCCCUCUAGUCACGUUCUCUCCCCUCCCCUUCCUCCUGACACACCCACCCACCUCCCUCGACUUCGAUCUAGAUCGGGAAGCCCCGGCCGCAUCUUCCCCCGCCGCCCAUGCCUCACCCCCUCUCGUCGCCGCCGCCAGCCUCCGCUGCCGCCUACUCCUCUCCUCGCCGCUCGCCUCCUCCCGCACCCGCCGCUUCCUCCCCCGCGCCAUGGAGUCCUCCUCGUCCCCCGCACCAUGGAGCACGCAGGUGGUGCGGCGGCGGGGGAGUACGAGGAGGUGCUGGAUCGGCUGUCCUCGCUCAUCACGCAGAAGGUGCGCGCGGACACCGGCAACCGCGGCAACCAGUGGGACCUCAUGGGCCGCUACCUCCAGAUUCUGGAGCUGGAGGAGCCCAUCGCGCGGAUGAAGGUCAUCCAUGCCGCCGGCACCAAAGGUCAUCCAUGUCACGCGACCCGAUCGGGAAGCUCCGAUUCAUCUGCCCACCAGUCAGGUACGCCCUCUCCGCUCCGCCCCGAUUCACCACUUGCAUCAGUACGACGAUGCCCUAGGGAGAAAGGGAGCUCAAGGCAGAACCAGGGCUCUUGCCCGUGGAUCCUUCCGUACCCCCAGUCCCGAUCCCGUGUAUGGCGUAGAAAUCCCUCUGCCCGUCUGCCGUAGCCGAGCUCCACAGUUGGUCGCUUGGUAUUUUUGAAGGGGGGAAUGAAGGUUUCAGUUGAUAGAUGAUUUAUUUCUGGUCUUAUGAUCCAAUUGCAACAAGUGCAGUAGACAGUUAAUUGAUGAUCCUCAUCCUGUGUAGCUCGCACUCCAUAGCAGGGAAGGGGGAAGUAAAUUCAACUGAGUCCAGCACCUGAAAUCGUGUAUCUACCACUACCAGGUUUCAUUUUGGCAGAUGUGAAUAAUAUAAAAUCCAUGAAAUUCAGUCCAAGAAUCUGGUCCUGUUCUGCACAUAGUGCAGACACUAAGCAGCCAUGGAAGAAUUCCACGUGCUAUUAUGACUAUAUAUACACCAAAUCUUGUAACCUCUGGAUAGUGCAGCUUAGUUUUAGUACGUCGGCUGCAUCAGACUUCCAGUAAGCAUUGCCACGAUAAAUGAAUUGCGUCGUGUGUCUUUGAAAUACUUGUGCAGAGCGAUGCAUAUAGGUUUUUCCGUUUCAAGCUAUAUGUGUUGCAUUCAAAGGGAGCUCUCUUUCCUGCACGCAGCUCAAGCAAAACAAAUAAACAACGGAGUUAAGCAGGGUCUACACUGUUGCGUUUGUUUCUUAAAAAAAUUACCUGAGAUAUCUCACACAUAUCUGUAGAGAAUAGUUUUGCAAUAGCAGUCUUCUUAUUUCCAACGGUUUUAGCUUGAAUGGAUCUCCCUCUGUCUCUAUUUCUGGGACAGCAGCAGCAGCAACCUAGUCGUCGUCGUCGUCGAUGGCAGGGUUGUAACCUCACUAUCACGCUAAUGGACGCAAAAAAGAAGAGUGGUAGUACUAUCAAUGGUUUAGUCAGCGCCUCAACAACGUCUGCACUACUUCUGGUAUUGUUUUUCAGUAGCUUUUUUCUGCACCUUUUUCUUUCAGUUAUUAGUGCUGCUGCCCCAUGAACACAUUUUUUAAUUUGACUAUACAUUCAAAUGAAGCCUUUGUUAAGUACACACUCCAAAAUUCAGUUAACAGUAGCCUAACUGGAUUUUCUGUUUCUGAAUUUAUAAAGUCACUUUAUAUUCAUUUUAUAAAUUAACAGUAGCUUCAAAAUUAAGUAUCAUUCGCAUGGAUCAACUGUUAUUUUAUUUUGUGGAGGAUAAAGUUCAGAUCAUGAAUAAUGGCAUUACAAGUGAACUUGGCACAAUUACACAAGUCCUGAACCUCAUAGAAUCUGACACUAGCAAGUCUUCAUUGGCAUGCAAGUACUACUUUUACAUUGUCAUGAAAGGAACAAUUAAUUUGACAUGUAUCAUUGGUACUGCUAAAACAUUUCGUUCAUUUUUCAACAAAUUUGGUGAAGACCACUUCAUAUGUAUUUUGCAUAUAUGAAUUAUCUCCUGUUGCUUUCUAAGAUGUUAGUUCUUUCAGUUCUAGCCAUCCUAUCUUUAAUUCCUGGCUGCUGGACUACCUGUAGGACAACGAGUUCAUCUGCGGCAGCUAUCGCUGUGAGCAGUCCGUCCACGACGCGCUCCGCAACGUCUUCGCCGGGCACAACGAGAUCCUCAACGUCUGGAGGUAAGUCACCGGCCAUCUGUUUCCUGAUGAAUUUUCUUUCUAACUCAAUGUGAUCGGAUGUGACUAGUACAUUCAGAUUUACUCUUAUUUUCUUUUCAAAUAGUACUAGUAGUCUAUAUUCCAGCUGUGCGACUACCUGUAGCCACUUGAACCGAUGAGAAUUCUUCAAGCCUACCUAUAGCCACUUGAACAAAUGUCUAUCUCAGAUCUGCUCAUCUAAAAAAUCCAAGUGGAGUAGUAUACUGGUAGUAUAGUAUAAUAAUAUUGUCAAAAGGUAAAUGCCCUGAUUAUUUAGCUCUGUCAGAUAAAUACUCGUCGAAAGUGGGCUCCUAUCAAAAUUCAUUUCCAUUAUAAUCUUACUCAUACAAUAUUCACACCAUGUAAUUCUGGAAAUAUAUGCUCAUAUCUAGUUCUGCAUAAAAAAUGACAGUAUUGACAUGUUAUAAAUAGUUUGUUUGUGUUUCUGUUUAUUUUGUUACAUUUUGCAGGGAUAAAGUGAAGAAAAAGAAGAAAAGAUUACUAGAAGAUUAGUUUUAGGAUUUUCUUUUAUUUCCUUGCAAUGUUCCUUUUAUUGGAAACUUGCAAAGACAUUGUAAUAUUCUUACUAUAAUAAAAAUUAUGAUUCUAUUUCA